AUGGACUGCGGGGUGGACAGUGUUGGAGUGACGUUGGCGCUGCCUCACGAGUUGACGGCUGCAUCAUCCCCGGCGCACGUGACCCGCGCUCCAUACAAUCAAUUUCAGUUCCUCCGCCGGACACCUAACAUGGACGGACUCCUUGCUGAGAUCAAAACAGUCAAGCAUGACCGGAAAGGCGUGCUCUUGUCUUCUGCGCCCGAGGAGCCUCUCGUGGCCAACUCCGAGGGUGAGACGGGGCCGAAGGCAGAUCUGAACGAAGAUCAACCAUCAGCAGAUUACAUUCUGACAGUACUCAGGUCGAAGCCUGAUGGGACAGAGCUCUCGCGGGUCCUUGCAAUAUUGGAUCCGUUCAACAAGCGCACGAGCUCCCCGAAAUUUGACGUCAGAAUCCCAGGCCCAACCACUGCCCAAAUCCUCAAAGCCUUGGUCAGCAUCACGAUUCCUGAUCACUGGAACUCUAUAGAUUCAGGCAGCUGGAGAUCAGAUUCAAGCAAUACCAAGGCAAGGGCUGCUUUGUUGAGAUGUCUCAGUAGCGUUGCUGGAAUCAGCUGCUUGAUCACCCAACUUCGUUCCCUCAUAGCUUCGUCAAGGUCCUCGAAAGAUUCAGGGAAUCAAAGACAUAUCAGAGACCUUCUAGCGGUGAUUUCUGCUCUAUUAGAACCAAGGGAUUUUGCACUGCGUUUGCACACGAAUAUUGAGGCGCUCUAUAGCAAUUCUACUCAGAAGCAGAUCGUUUGGAGGGAACUGCUCUCUCUAAUUGCUGCCAGUAGGGUUCUCUCGACGGCGGCAGAAGCGCUUACGUUACUUGGAGACAUUUCCGGCGUGAAUGCCAUCUCCUGGGUAGGAGAAGGACCUCGAUAUGCGUCCUGGAUUGGCAUCAACAUUUGCCACAUGGCUUCGAAGAUAAGCCCGGAUAAUCAGGAACAUUGGAAAGCGGUCGCUUCUCUGACGGGACGAGCAUUAAGUCUUGGCUACACAGAUAAAGUAGUGGGACAGGUAUAUUCCGGCCUCCUAAUCCAGCAGGAUUUUCAUACCCAAUAUACCUCCCUGUUUGACAACCUCCGGCCCACAGAGCAACUCAAGGUGAUAGAGGCCGUUUUCUGCGAUGUUGAAAAGAAGCAUUUCUCCAUUGAUCUUUCCAGAGAAGAAAGAGGCCAUGGCUCUGACCAGGUAGUCAAGGGCGUGGCAGCCUUAUGCUCUAUUAUUCUACCAAACACCCAGGUCAUCCUACUGGCAGCUGGUUACCUACAACGUCUUGACCCAGGAGCAGUUAAAAGCAUAGGCCGCUCUGGUAUUUUCCUCAGCACAGUCUCCAAUCGCCUGGCAGCUUCUUCUAGCAGGCCUCGGUUCUUUGGCAUGAUAAUCGGAACUGCAAUUUCCCGCCUCAUUGAAGAGCCGGGAAAGGCCAUGCGGUUUGACCUUGACGAAAUGGACGGUGACGAGGCACGAUGGUAUCUGAACCUGAUCGAAUCGCAGGAUGCCAUUGGCUCAUUGAAAUCCAUUCAAUUCCCGCAAGAACCGACAUCGAAGCCGCAGAAAACUCCGGCCAAGGACCUGUCCCUUGCUUCGACAGCUAACAGAAAGCAACCUAGUCAGAAGCGCAUCAAAAUCAUGUCAAUCGAAGAAAUAGACGAGCCGGAAAACGACCAGUCCGAAGAUGAAGACGAAGACCUGAUUCCCUAUGAAAAACCCGAUGAAGAUCCUUCUGAUUCUGAUGAGGAUCCAACCUUGGUCCAACGGAAUCGACCAACCGCACCAGUAUACAUCCGCGACCUUGUCAUCUAUCUCCGAGACAGAGAAAACAUCGAACGCUACGAACUCGCCAUCACGACAGCGCCAUCCCUCAUCCGACGAAAGACAGGCUUCGGCACCGAACUGGCAGAGCAUACCGAAGAGCUCGCACUCAUUCUAGUCGGCUUGCAGGAGCAGAGCAAACUGCCAAAGUUCCAGGAAUACCAAGUUCAAAGCAUGAUCGCGUUGAUUGUUUCACAGCCCCUGAAACUCGGCCGCUGGUUCGCGGCCAUGUUCUUCGACGGCGAUUUAUCCCAAUUCCAACGCUCCGCUAUCCUCACAGCCCUGGGACUAAGCGCACGAGAGAUAGCCGGCAACGGUGAGGAAGAUGCGCGAACGAUCGGCCUUCCAGCACUACCGGACACCUCGUUCCCGUCGAAGAAACUCCCGGCCAGUGUGGAAUCCUUAUACGUCAGCCACACCGAGUCACCCAUCGCAACCCUCACUCAGAAACUAUCCCAAGCUUCCCUAGAACCCCUAGCAGCCAACGCCGCAGACGCCGUCUCAGGUCCGAAUGCUCUCAAAGUGCGAACCUUUUCUUCUCGAAUGGAGGUCGAAAAGAAACGCCAGCAACGCGAGUCGCAACGCCAAAAGUCAACCAUCAAUGAUCUCCACAAGGUCUUAUCAGAUGGAUUCUUCUAUCCUCUCAAAGGCCGGUUCGAGAUUCUCAUGAUACAUUUCUCAUCAUCCACUGCACGAUCCCACAACCCAUUCGUUGUCCCUCACCUGCUAUGCCUCUUCAUUCAAACCCUGGCUCUCAUCCUCUCCACCAUGGGCCCGCACACCCCCUCACUUCCGUCUCUCACGCAAGAAACCCUAUCUUUCCUCCUAUCCCUACAUAUGCGUCCUAUCGCAGACGACCCGGCUGUGCUCUCGGCAUUUCUGGCCCUGUUUCUCACCAUUAUAGAUCUAAAUAUCGAAUCUGGCACCUCGGGGGAAGAACGACUCGUCACUGAAUUCGCCUCGCAGGUUAUUGAGUUGCGCGACUGGGCGGGCCAGGUUUUUGAUCGGACCGCUGCGGCUCAUACGCAAGGAGACGAUGCUCGUGACCGAGUGAAGACGCUGGCGGCUGGCGUGAUGGUGAAAUUGGGGGACGUUAUGGAGAGGUAUCAAGGACGGCUGAUGGGGGUAGGCUCUGGGUUUAAGUAUUAG